CCCGGCGCGUGUCAACUCCAGGAAGCGCAGGGUCUAUGUAGCCGCCUCGUCCGCAGCCGCCGCCGCCAUGCAUUGUGGGGCAGCGGCAGCAGAUCCAAGAUGGCGGCCAGCAGGAGGCUGAUGAAGGAGCUUGAAGAAAUCCGCAAAUGUGGAAUGAAGAACUUCCGUAAUAUCCAAGUUGAUGAAGCUAACUUAUUGACUUGGCAAGGGCUUAUUGUUCCUGACAAUCCUCCGUACGACAAGGGUGCGUUCAGAAUCGAAAUCAACUUUCCAGCAGAGUAUCCAUUCAAACCUCCCAAGAUUACAUUUAAAACAAAGAUCUAUCACCCUAACAUCGAUGAAAAGGGGCAGGUUUGUUUGCCAGUAAUUAGUGCUGAAAACUGGAAGCCAGCCACCAAAACUGAUCAAGUAAUCCAGUCCCUCAUAGCACUGGUGAAUGACCCCCAGCCCGAGCACCCACUUCGGGCCGACCUAGCCGAAGAAUACUCUAAGGACCGUAAAAAAUUCUGUAAGAACGCUGAAGAGUUUACAAAGAAAUAUGGUGAAAAGCGACCAGUGGACUAAAAAAAAAAAAAAAACCUGACAGAGUUGAUGUCAGCCAUGUGUGAUAGAAGAUCUGGAGCAGUGCAUUUCAGACACACCACAAAGCAGGACUCUAUGGGAAAUUGACAAGUGCCACCUCUCGGUGUUAACUUGUGGCUGUUACUAACUUUCUACAGUUUCUUAAUCAAAAGUGGGCUAGGUAACCUGUAAAGAAAGGAUUAAAAAUUUAAGAUGUUCUAGUUCUGCUUUCUUUGUUUAAAAUCACUGCUUCAAUAUACUUUUAAAGGAUGCUGUUUCUCUUUUUUUUUUCCUUGUCAGAAUUUAUCAAAAAUAUCGUAGACUUAUAAUCUGCCCUUAAAAGUUCAAAAGGUUGUGGCUGUUAUUUCUCAUUUUCCUUACAAUUCCUUCCUCCCACAUUUAAGUUUUCCCCCUUAUCCUUCCCUCUCCCCACCCCAAAAAAAACACCCCUCACCCCAAAGAAACAAAACCCCACCAUCACACUGAUGUCUUAGCAAAAUUAUCUCGUUGUCCUGGCAAAAGAAAAGAAAAGAAAGAGUUGAAUGUUUGGCAGUUUUGCUUCCUUUAUCCCUCUUCAAAAUGCUGCACUGUGCUUUGUGGAACUUGGUCUCAAGUUUCUCUUAACUCCAGUUUGUAACAUAAUAAAAUCUACCACAUGUACUCCGUAAAAUAAUCAGAACCAAGCCUAGAUCUCGUGUAAAUUCGGCUGUUGUGACUACAAUAAUGUUUAUUAAAUGGGGAACUCCAA